AUGACUGAAGUAGAAGAACCUGAGCAACCCACAACAAUUAAUGAGGAGUACGAUUUAUGGGUCUCAAAUGUGCCAAUGAUGUAUGAUUUUGUUAGCGAGACGCGACUCACCUGGCCGUCACUAACUGUACAGUGGCUUCCAACCGAGAUGCAACCUCGAGAAGUUGAUGGACAGCAAUUAUUGAGACAAGAGUUACUUAUUGGGACGUUAACUACUGAUAACGAGCCGAACUACUUGAAAAUUGCUGCCAUUGACCUGCCGGAAAACGUCACUUCUUCUAAACCAAGUGUGUCCGAUGAUGCGAAGGAAAAUGAAUUGAGCCAUCGUCAAUCUAAGAUCAAGAUAGUGAGGAAGUUCAAGCACGAACAAGAAGUCACCAGGGCAAGAUACAUGCCUCAAUCGCCUAAUAUAAUUGCAACUUUGAACGGAGCUGGUAUCGUAUACAUUUUUGAUAGAAAUAUUAAGGAAAAAGAUCAUGGCGCCAUUGCCAGUUUCUCCUAUCAUAAAGAGAAUGGAUAUGGAUUGGCGUUCAAUCCCACUGUUUCUGGCCAGCUACUUUCUGCAUCCGAUGAUGGCACUGUUGCUUUAUGGGAUGUCACUUCCACUGCAAACAAAUCGCCGUCUCAAACAUUUGAUGUGCAUACUGAUAUAGUAAAUGACUGCAAAUGGCACGAAUUCCAAAGCAGUUUAUUUGGAACAGUAUCCGAGGAUAACACAUUAAUAAUUCAUGACACCAAUAGUGAUAGGGCCAUUCAAAAGUUAUCGGUCUCCUCUGCCUUCAAUACAUUAGCAUUCAGUAAGCGUUCAGAAAACCUUCUUGCAGCAGCAGGUACAGACUCUAACGUCUAUCUCUAUGAUUUACGUAGAUUGCAAAAACCAUUGCACUCAAUGGCAGGUCAUGAAGAUUCUGUUACCUCACUCGAGUUUUCUCCUCAUCAAGAUGGAUUAUUAACUUCAAGUGGUUCUGACCGAAGAAUUAUUAUGUGGGACUUAUUCAAUAUUGGAGCAGAACAACAACCAGAUGACGCAUACGACGGAGUUCCUGAGCUAUUCAUGAUGCACGGCGGUCACAGAAGCCCCGUUAACGAGUUUUCUCAUAAUUCAAAUGUUCCAUGGCUAAUGUGCAGCGUCGAAGAAGAAAACGUUCUUCAAAUAUGGAAACCAGCGAAUAAGAUUGUCCGUCCUCCGCAACCGCCAGCUGAUUUCGAUAUUACAACCUUAGAAUAG